UGCAACAGCCGCCAAUGACGGAGAGACCGACGUCAUGGAAACAGCAGCCAUUCUAAGUGGUCGUUCCCCUUCAUGCGAGGACAACGGAACGACAGUUCAUCAGCACACCAGCGGCGGGGGCACCACUGCAGCAUGUGAUGACGUGUUGGCCACUAUUCAAAUGGAAACUGAGCAGAUGCUGGCUAAUGUGGAUGACAACGAAAGCGGUGCACGAGGGAACAUUGGUCACACAGAGAAGGUGGGUGGAGAGAGAGAGGACGAAGAUGUUGGCAGCGAGGGUCCUCACAGUGGAUGCAUUGUCAAAGAUGCAAAUGUGACAAAGACAAUGGCAGAAGAUAGAUACCCGUACGAUGUGAACUGGGUGCCUGGUCGUGUUCAGCCUGGUAUCGUUGGAGGUGUGGAUUGCUUUGCUUUCAAGGUUGGUGAUGAGUGGGUUGCUUUUCCUCCCCCAACGAAUGAAAUAUGGCGUAACGUAUGUCUGUCAUUUAUCUAUGACAGAGUGUUGAGGUUAAACGACGGGGCAACGACCCAAGAUGCUUGCCGACACGCAUUGGACAUGUAUCGUGUUCUAGAGGCAAAGGGUGAGUUGCGCCUCAAUGAUUUUCUAUAUGACAACAUUGACUGCGGUCGGCUGUGGGAGUUGGGUGACCAGCAAGGCAGGAGGAGAACGCCAGUCGCCCAGGAUGAUGCAAGGAGGGAUCCUCGAUGGGGUUGGGUGCCAUCUGCAGUCCCAUUUGGAUAUGGCCGUGUCAAGAUGCAAGUGCGUGAUAUCAUGGRCAAUGUGUGGAGCGCGCAUUACGUGAAUGGCAUGUUUUCGUUCCGUCAUUUCGACAGAGAAGCAACUGCAGAGGAAAAGGAAGCGAUGAGAUGCAGGCCACGCGAUGCACGCAUUUCUGACCUGCCACUCGGCAAUCCUGUCGAGUUGGCCCUCGCUGAAGGGAAGGUGUUUACUGGUGAGAAGCGCAUCACAUACGUUCACAUUAUGGUGAAAAAAGCCACAUUUGAUGACAUCUGUAUGGACGUAUGGGACCAUACAGCAAUGCGGAAGGAUGUCGUCGCAGCAAGUAACAUUGCGGCGCAUGUGAUUCAAGAAGGGCAGUUGUACCAGCAUGUGGCCCGUGACAUGUACGGGUACCAUGUCAACUGGGUACCUGGUUCUUUGCAUCCAGCAGUUGUUGAUGGCAAAGUGACACUGGCAGCAAGGAUGCAAUCCGACCCUCUGGGUGUCCCUUUCCAGCUCACGUUCAUGGAUGGACUGCUGCGACACAUUCAGUACGCGGGUGAUGACGACGGUCGUGCUGCAAUCAACCCUCAACAAACAGCACAGCAGCAGCAGGACAUUUCACAUUUCUCCUCUGAGGUCGACGCCCCGGAAACGGCACAUGCUGGGGGAUGUUCUCACGCACAGCCCGACGACGGUGACACCCCUGUGGAGCACGUGACAGAAAGGGCAGAGAAGAAGAAGAAGCAGUGCACGUCCAGGCCGCCUCGUCAUCCCAAGAGUCCCACAAUAGCAAAAGGCAAAGAAAAAGUUGUCCCACGUAGAGGCGAGACUCCCAAAGCAGCCGCUGCCUCAGCUCCUAAGCGCAGACGCCGCCCGGGGAUGGCAGCAUUGGCAGAGAUUCCGCAACUCCAACGAUCUACUAACUUGUGCAUCACUUUGAGGCCGUUUAUGAGGGUAAUGGGCGAGAUCGUCGAAACAGAUAUCGCACCGGGGGAGUCUAUGAGGUUUCAGAUGAGCGCCAUACGUGCGUUGAUGGAAGCGGCGGAAGCAUAUCUCAUCAACCAUUUCGAGAGAACGAACAUCAUUGCUAUCCACUGCAAGAGGGUGACGAUCCAGUUGAAGGACCUGAGGCUGGUUGAUAACUUGUCCAAGGCUCGCUGGGAAUACAGAUACCAAGGCAUUACCGACGAGCAGAAAAGAGCAGAAAAGCUACGGCAGAUGAAUGCUGCAAGGCAAGAGGAGAGAGAUGCGCGGGCGGGGAAGGGGCUGUCAGGGAAGACAGCAGCAGCACGCAAAGGCGGUGACACUCCAGCGGCGUCAUCGAAGAGGAAAGGAGCCCCGCGAGGCAAUCGGUCGACGGGUAUGACUGCAGAGGCUGGAAAGAGACCCAAGAGGGUGGACGAGGAACACUUGUUCCCGUUCACGUGGAAAUCAAGAAGACACGCCAUAUCGAUAACAAAACGGGACGUAUUGCGAUUGGGUGUCAAGCAGUGGCUGAACGAUAACGAGGAAGACGAAGAGGAAAACUGUGCGGAAGAAAUGUCAGAAGAAGUAGAACACGAGAGAAUGCAAGAACGAGGAGAAGGUGAUAACAGUGACGGUCACCAUGAUGUCGAUGUAGAGGAGAGCGAUCCGGAGGGAGAAGAGGCAGAGGCAGAGGACAGAUCCGAGGAGGGCGGAGAGGCAGAGGAAGGCAACGGUGAAGACGAAGAAAGAGAGAUUACAUCUGUUGAGAACAGUGCACAAUGCGGAACUGAUGAGAAAAAGGGAGGCGCACCGGAGACUUCAUCGAACGACAAACAAAUUGUGGAGAGGGAGAAUGUACCGCUACAGGCUCUUGCGAUCUCUGCCUAAGCACUUCCGAGCGCUUUUUAAACUUCUUGUGUCCUUUGUCUGACAGUACAAGCGCUCCCCUACGUUUUCCUCUUACGAUCGCCUUCUCCUCCCUUUCUCUGACAGUACAAGCGCUCUCUCCUACGUUUUCCUCUGGCGAUCACAUUCUCCUCUCUUUCUCCUGCUUAACAAAUGUCAGAUCGACGGCACGCCUUCCUCCUCUCCUGCUUCAGGCAGGUCAGAUCGAUGGUCGGCCGGAGGACGCGGAACGCGGAAUGCUUCUCCCAUUGUCUUUGCCUUCUUAUGAUAUGUGUACUCCUUACCUUUCCAAGAUCGGACACAAUGUAUCAAAAGCUCUGGCCUCCUCCGAAAGCGCCGAACACAUCUCUCAUGAGUGAGCACACUCUCUCUUCCUCCGCGUUUUCUUCGAUAUCCUACUCCUCGCCUUUCUUCUCGGGUACCCGUCUUCUCUCUCUCUGUCGAGAAUAGCGAAACUAAACUCUCUACCCUGCUGACGUCUCCUCUCGCAUUUCCCCCCCAUCCUCUUUCUCCGUCUCUCAUUCUCUCUUUCUUUGUCUCAUUAUCUUUCUUUUUUCCAUCAUCAUACAGAUCCAUCAGCGAGAGGACAGAGCUCAACCGAUUACUUUUUCAUUUCUUUUCUUUCUUCUUGCAUAAAAAAAAACACAGGCCGCCUCGGAAUGGUCGAGGGCCAAGCUCGCCUGAUUUUCUUUCUUCCGUGCCGAAAGAGUUUUUUUUUUUUUUUUUUUUUUUUUUUUUUUCCCCGGUCACGCCUUGUCAAUUUCGAGGUGCGCAAUCCGGACUUACCUUCUCCGCGGCUGGUCGGCGCACCGCUUGACGACUACCGCUGUCAAGUGGUGGCGCGCGGCUGUUGAGCAAGCGCACGGGCACGGCGGACCGGACCGGUCCGUCGUCCACUUACGCAGAUAACGCGCAGCUACCGGUAGCGCACGUGUAGGGCGGGGCAGUGUGUCAUCCUCUCACUUGGAUGACGAGCGCCGUUGCAGGCAGACACGGCGGACCGGUCCGUCGUCCGCUCACUCCGAUCACGCGCAGCUAGCGCACGUGUACGGCGGGACAAUUCGUCUGCUGUUUUUUCUUUCUGGCAGACACGUCUUUUACAAAUUUCACGAGGAAUGUGAGCGCUGAGCGCUGAACUGAAGGCCGUCCUGUCCAGAUUUGACAGGUCGUCAAAACUGGCGGUCGUUUAUUUUUCUUUAAUUUUUUUCUCUCUCGAUUUAUGCGUGUGACCCUUGCGCAGGGGCCAUGCUAAUCGUCUCUUUCUCUAUCGAAGUUCCAAUGUUAACGGAUGUUCUGGAGGACUUUUUUUUUUUUUUUUUUUUUGGGGGGGGGGGGGGGGGGGGGGCAGGGGGGCAGCGGAGCCCGAUCGCUUUUCUGCCUUCACUCGUUCUGUGUUCGAUUGCGACAAUUAAGUAUAUGGUUAAGAGAACGGUGACAGAGGUAGGGAGCUGAAGAUCAGAUUUACCGAGUAAUGACAGAGACAAAUGCAAGGAACCACAGAGAACAGCGGACCGGUGGGGGGAGAGGGAGAGGAUAGGGGGCCGGAAGAGAGAACACACACAUGGCCAUUUGUGAGUCCUUGCUCCUCCUACUUUAUGAUUUUGGAAGGGAGAGGAGAGGGGGUCGUCGUCGUUUUCCGAUAUUUUAGAAUAUGUUGUCGAGUCAUUUGGUGGCGAAAGAAGCGUCUGCUUCUUUCAUCUCUCUCUCUAUAUAUAUAAUUUUUAUAAUAUUCUUCUUUCCCUUGUUCUGCUUUCCCUUCCUUGUUUUGUUUUUUUCCGCCUUUGCGAUCCGAUUCACGGUGUGACAAUAUAUCAUUUUUUUAUGACGUGUUACGUCGUGGUAGUACUCUGCUUUGAUGCCAGCUUGUCACGGUUCAGCUGCGCAGUGUUCAUCAUACUCCUCUCACGGCCAGCAAGAUUCUGAUCGAGAACAAUCGCACGCUUUGGAUGGUAGCCGAAGGGAAAGAUCAUAGCCCAUCCCUUUUCCUUUUCGCUGCACUCUCUGCUCCUCUCCCUUCGUUGAUUUCCUCUCUCUUCGUUUUGCUUGCACUCUUUUAUGCGGUCCCGUCUUUCUCUCCCUCUCUCUCCCUUUCUCUCCCUUUCUCUCCCUCUCUCUCCAAACUGCCUUCGCACGCGUUUGUCACACGGGCGCCACGAUGACCGGCACUGGCAUGUUUCUUCUGAUCGAGAAGAGAGUCCCACCCCAAGUCGAUGGCCAUGGAAAAAUGUGCACACUACCUUCUUUCCCCAAACAUACUAACUCCUAUAAUUGCGGUGACUGUUCCUUGUGCCAGUUGCACUCCCACUAUAACUCAUUGGGACACUUGCACUCUUCAGAGCAGCAUGGGUGGACUGGCUUCUCCUCUUCCCUGUCCUACUUCUGUUUGUCCCUUUCGCUUUUCGUUUCCUCAUUGCUCUGCUGUUUUGUUUUGUUUUAUGUUUAUGUCCCUCCUUUUCCAAACGAAAAAUGGGCGACAGCCUUCAGUUAUCACCAUUGAAGUGCCCGGCCCCAGGUAGUUGUGUGGAGUGUGUCGUGAUUUUUCACUCAUCUGCUUAUCAGUUGUCAAGCAGGAGUUCGAACUAAGUCCUUAAAAUUAACAGAGUAAUUUUACUCGUCAACCGCCCCGGAAUUUGAAGUCAGGUCUGCAUUUCAACAGAUGUGCGGUGUAGCAGGGUGUGAGGGGUGUGUAGCAGGGUGUGAGGGGUGUAGCAGGGUGUGAGGGGUGUAGCAGGGUGUAGCACCUGUGAGCUAAACCAGUUGGUGGGUCCUUCUGUUGUUUGCUUAGGUGAUAGAGGGUGUGAGGGGUGUAGCAGGGUGUGAGGUGUAGCAGGGUGUAGCACCUGUGAGCUAAACCAGUUGGUGGGUGUUUCUGUUGUUUGCUUAGGUGAUAGAGGGGUUGCAUAGAGGUGUAACAGGCUGAAGUACAUUUGCAUAGAGGACUCUCGUUUCAUUCAUUUGACAAGACGUCUGUAUUAUGUACAGACGGAGUCGCCGAACGAACAGGGUAAGCAAAAACUGCAAAACACAUUAUGCCACUGGGAACAACAGGCAGAGAAGAACUCGGGGUUUCGACUCUCGGGCUUACGGCCGCCAAUAUGAUUGGCGAAUUGUUGAUAGAUGCAAAUUGUUGGAUGGACAUCAGAAGGACUUCAACAAUUUGCAUAAUCUAUCGACGAAGAAGACACAACUCAUCAGCGACGUGAACUUCUCAGAGCAGGAGAAUACCCUUGACCAGAGUUCCCAGCGCAGCGAGCGGCUCUCUCCUCCUGGAGUAAAACAGAAAGGUGGCGUAUACACACCGCGUUAAGCAAGGCUUCGGGCCUACCUGACAACGACAACCAACCAGAGAAACGGAAAAACAAGAAGAAAAAAGAUGUCACACUGGUUAGCCAACAAAGCUCGGUGCGCAGGGCUUUCCCAGCAUCAGAGAAAAGUGCCUUGGAAGUACACUGAUGGUUUAUUACCAUCCCGCCUUCUGUGAAUGCAGCUCUGAUAAGAGAAAACACCUUCUCUCACCAACUGCUCCAUGCUUGGCUGAUAGGUGAUUCACUGAAAAUGCACAGCUCUGGAAAUCACACUGGACGCCAAUUCCACAGC